CGAUGGAGGCGCGCAGGGCCCGCCGGCCCCGCGCCCCUCACAGCGCCCAGCGCCGCCAGCAGCGCCGCGGGGCCCGGCCCUGAGCCACGCCGGCUUGAAUUUGUGUCUGGCUGAGGUUCCUGCAGUCCCAGCAUGGAGAUGAGUCGGGAGAAGCUGUGUGCCAGCAAGGCUGAUGGCAGCUCUGACUCUGCCUACCAGUGCUCGGCCUGCCACGGCGACCAGGACUGGGGCAGCACCAGCCGGGGCCGCGCCAAGUCACGGAGUCUGUCAGCUUCACCUGCCCUUGGAAGCACCAAAGAAUUCAGGAGAACGCGUUCCUUGCAUGGACCAUGCCCAGUGACCACCUUUGGACCAAAGGCCUGCAUGCUGCAGAACCCCAAAACCAUUAUGCACAUUCAGGAUCCAGCAAGCCAGCGGUUGACAUGGAACAAACCUCCCAAGAGUGUCCUUGUGAUUAAGAAGAUCCGUGAUGCCAGUCUGCUGCAGCCCUUCAAAGAGCUCUGUGUGUACCUCACUGAGGAGAACAACAUGAUUGUGUAUGUGGAGAAAAAGGUAUUGGAAGACCCUGCUAUAGCUAAUGAUGAGAAUUUUGGACCAGUGAAGAAAAAGUUUUGCACCUUUAGAGAAGACUAUGAUGAUAUCUCCAAUCAGAUUGACUUCAUCAUAUGCCUGGGAGGAGAUGGGACCUUACUUUAUGCUUCUUCACUUUUCCAGGGUAGUGUACCUCCAGUUAUGGCUUUUCAUCUGGGAUCCCUUGGAUUUCUUACUCCAUUUAAUUUUGAGAAUUUUCAGUCCCAAGUCACUCAGGUUAUAGAAGGCAACGCCGCCCUGGUCCUGCGGAGCAGGCUCAAGGUGAAGGUGGUGAAGGAGCACAGGGACAAGAGCUCAGUGCAGAAUGGGAUAGAGGAGAAUGGGCUCGUGUCUGCAAACCUGGAGAAAGAAGUGGGCAAACAAAUUAUGCAAUAUCAGGUCCUCAAUGAGGUGGUGGUGGAUCGUGGCCCUUCCUCCUACCUGUCCAACGUGGACGUGUUCCUGGACGGGCACCUGAUCACCACGGUGCAGGGGGACGGGGUGAUCGUCUCCACGCCCACCGGCAGCACCGCCUACGCCGCGGCGGCCGGAGCGUCCAUGAUCCACCCCAACGUCCCGGCCAUCAUGAUCACCCCCAUCUGCCCCCACUCCCUGUCCUUCAGACCCAUCGUGGUUCCUGCUGGGGUGGAACUCAAGAUCAUGCUCUCCCCAGAUGCCAGGAACACAGCGUGGGUUUCCUUUGAUGGGAGGAAGAGGCAGGAAAUCUGCCAUGGAGACAGUAUCAGCAUCACUACCUCGUGCUACCCCCUCCCCUCCAUCUGCUUCCGGGACCCCGUCAGCGACUGGUUCGAGAGCCUGGCCCAGUGCCUGCACUGGAACGUGCGCAAGAAGCAGAACAACUUCGCUGUGGAGGAGGAGGAGUUCUGAGGAGCAGGGCUCUGGCAGUGCCAUGAGGCACAAUCCUCCCCUCUGCUGGAUUUUGGAAUCCUGGGAUGUGGCAGAAUCCUCCCCUCUGCUGGGUUUGGAGCCCUGGGAUGUGGCAGAAUCCCAAUCCCUCCCCUCUGUUGGAUAUUGGAGCACUGGGAUGUGGCAGAAUCCUCCCCUCUGCUGGGUUUGGAGCCCUGGGAUGUGGCAGAAUCCUCCCCUCUGCUGGGUUUGGAGCACUGGGAUGUGGCAAAUCCCUCCCCUCUGCUGGAUUUUGGAGCCCUGGGAUGUGGCAGAAUCCCUCCCCUCACUGGGAUGUGGCAGAAUCCUCCCCUCUGCUGGAUUUUGGAGCCCUGGGAUGUGGCAGAAUCCCAAUCCCUCACUGGGAUGUGGCAGAAUCCCAAUCCCUCCCCUCUGCUGGGUUUUGGAGCCCUGGGAUGUGACAGAAUCCCUCCCCUCACUGGGAUGUGGCAGAAUCCCAAUCCCUCCCCUCUGCUGGAUAUUGGAGCACUGGGAUGUGGCAGAAUCCCAGUCCCUCACUGGGAUGUGGCAGAAUCCCAAUCCCUCCCCUCUGUUGCAUUUUGGAGCCCUGGGAUGUGGCAGAAGCCCAAUCCCUCCCUUCUGUUGGAUAUUGGAGCACUGGGAUGUGGCAGAAUCCUCCCCUCUGCUGGAUAUUGGAGCCCUGGGAUGUGGCAGAAUCCCAAUCCCUCACUGGGAUGUGGCAGAAUCCCAAUCCCUCCUCUCUGUUGCAUUUUGGAGCCCUGGGAUGUGACAGAAUCCCAAUCCCUCCCCUCUGCUGGGUUUUGGAGCUGCCCUGUGCUUGUGGCUGAUGUCCCUCAGGGUUGGGAAGGGUUGUGCUCCUUCCUGUGCAUCAGGAGGGGCAGUGGAAGGCUCUGAUGGUUCUGAUCCAGUGUGAAUUUCCUUCCAGAUGAGCAGUGGAUUAUUCCUGACUGCUGUCCAAAACCACAUCUGCAGAUCUGAUUGUAACUUCUGACUUACCAGUUCCAUGGUAGGCUGAAUGUAGCUACACCAGGGAAAAGUGGCAUUAAAAUCUUGCAUUUGAUAGUUUAUAACUCCAUUUAACACUGCUAGGAACAGAAAGGCUCUGAGAAGUUUUCUUUAAAAAAAAAAAAGUUCUUCUUUGUUAUCUUAAACACACCUUGCCCAGAAAAUACUUUCUUACUUGCAAGUGUGACACACUGAAGAAACACCCACAAAGGAUGUUUUUUAUUAAUAGAUGGAAUUAGUAAUAAAAAGUAUAUAUUUUUUAUAUAUACAUUUCUUUCUCUUGUGCCCAUAUGAGCAGUGGUUGACCCUUGGCUGUCAGCACUGUGGAAACAGCCACAAACAGCAGGGAUGAGCAUUAAUUAUUUGUAGCUGAGCUAAUUCACAGCUCUGCCCUUCCUCUUGGUGGGAGUCAUCCAUGUGUUGGUUUUUUGUUAUUAUUUUUGUUUGAUUCCCUGGGAUAAAUGGUAGCAUUAGAGACUAUCAUGUUAAAAUAAUAAUAAUAAUAAAUUCUCCAAGUGUUCAAGAAGAAUCUGGACUUCAGUUGCUACUGAAUUCACUGUUGUCCUGAAGAAAAUAUCCUGUUCUAAGAUCCUGAAUGCCCUCAACUUCCAUGGAUACCUCCCAGCUCCUGGUGCUGAGUGAGCCAGGGUGGGAUUCUGCAUUGGUGACUGCAGAAACGAGAGGACACAUUCCCAGUGCAGUAGCACCGGUGCCUUCAGCACACUCAAGAUUAUUCUAAGUCUCACAUUUACUUUUUUUAAGAUGCUUUCAAAUGUUUCUAACUUCUCUCUGUACAUAUUUUAUUGUAUGUGCUUUUAUGGAAGAACAAAAAACAAAAACCAAACCCCACCAGAAGAACCGGUUGGGGUGGGGGGAAAGGGUUUGCCCUGUGCUUCAAGUGCAGAAUUAGCAAAGCCAAGGAAAAUGUUUACAUUGAUGUUCUCUGUGGUGCAGUCUCUGGAGCAUUUGAUCCAAACUUCAGCAUUUUCAAGUCUUGCUGCAUGGCUCACUGCAGGAAGGGACAGGAGCUGUUCAGUGCCUGAGGCAGAAGUGCCCAGGAUUGAAUUUCCUGCCUGGGCUGGGAUUUCCUGGGGCACCCAGGGAGAAUCUCUGCUGAAAUUCCUCAUGAUUGUCUUAUGGUGUUUCUGUGGUCCAAAGUGGAAAUGGGAAAUGGUUUCAUUUCCAGCCUCUGCCUGCCCUGUGUCCUCUGCUGGUUUCAGUCAUGUCCUUCCCCUUUUGGAGGCUGAGCUCACGAAAUGCAGGUGAGAGAAUUUUCCAGAAAAGAGAAACAAACUCUUGGUAACGAUUCAAAUCUCAAUGAACAGCGUUGCUAUAAAGGAACACUUGGUUUGUACAUUUUGUAACAUAGAAUAUUGCUUUGGUUUGGCCAAAACCAGAUGGAUUUUGGGAUAUCUUGGAGAAUAUCCAGAGAGCUUUUGGGAUUUCUCUUUCACUUGAAUCUGCAGUAAUUGUUUUAUCACUGUUUUGAAGCUGCUUACGGGUUUCCUGAGUGGAGUAUUCAGUUAUUUGAUAACUGCUUACUUUUUCAACUAGAGAACUGUCAGGCUUGUUUGCUUUGAACUCUUUUAUUUAACAUGCAAUAAUUGAGAGAAGGAACAGGGUCUGGUGUCUAGAGAAAUGUGUGCAUGAGUGGAGAAUGAGCAGUUCUAGGCACACUGGGGAGUGGAAAAUCAUUUUGCAGAGGUGAAAUGAUUUAUGAGCCUUAUCUAGUAUUUUUUUAAAGAUAAAACUAUAUUCAGCACUUUUUAUUUAUGCUUUUUAUAAUAGUAAAGCUAUUCUCGACUAAACUGCCGAACUUUUAAUUUUCAGAGUGCACAGGUAAUUAAAUCUGUAAUCAAAGUGUACUGAGCUACUUUAGGUCUACAUUAGGGGUUGGCUUGAAAUUUCUUCUUUCAAUUCAUCACCUGCUGCAAUUGCAUGGUGGCUCUGAGGCUGCUGCAGCUUUGCUUGUACAGAAUUCUGAGAAAAGGAAUUUUCUGGGGCUGCUGAGCCCAGGCAGAGCUGCAGCCCUGGCUCAGGGGCUCCAGGCCUGGCUUUUCCUCCAAAAGCUGCCUUGAUUCUCCCUGGCCCAGCUCUCACAGCCUGGGCUGUGUUGAUCCAUCACAAAUCUGAGUGUGCAAAGUCCCUUUCCAAGGCUUUUAAUCUGCAAACUGCAGGCAAGUGAGGCUGCAGCAGCCCUGGAGUUGUGCAUUUCAGCUGCUCCAGGAGUGGGGGAGCUGAAGCAGCAAAAGGCUGGAAUGCACCUCACUUUAUUGGCAAUAAACCCUCCUCUUGCUCAUGUAGCUUCUUCAGAAUAACUUGGUCAAACUGUGCUAAAAACGGGGGUUUGCUGAUUAAGAGUUUUUAAUAAAAGGGUUUGUAAGUCACUGGCACCUCCAAAUCCUUUCAUCUACAAAGGGCCAAAAUGGAAGCUGGGAAAUUAAUUUGUUUUUUUAAAAAAAAAAAAGUUAUCCUCUGGUAGAAAUGGAAGAAGUUGUUACCAAUUGUAGUAGGGAAUAAAGCAGUGUACUGAAUUUUUAAAAGCUAAAAAAAUCCUGUUACAUACUGUUAACAUAUUGAAAACUUGGUUUUAAAUAUUGUUGAGAAACAAAAUAUUUUUCAAUCCUUUCAAUAAAACCUUUUUGUAAAGUUGGA